AUGGAGAACUACGAGUCGCCCUCCGAAGUUUUAAAGAAUAAGGAAAAGAUCAAGGCAGAAAAUGACGGGAAGGAAAAAAAAGACAAACUAAAAUUUAUUGACAUUUUUAACGACAGCAAUGAGGCAGAGCACACUGAUGACACAGUUGGGAAUUUUUUAAAAAAAAAAAAAAUAACUGAAAGUAAAAGGAAGGCAAAGAAUAAAAGCAUGUAUAUUUUGGAAGACGCACCAAAUGUGUACGCCACAGAUUUGGUGCCUUCCAAUUUCGCUAGUUCCAGUGUAGCCGCCAACUCAGGAACCCCAGAUGGGGAGAAAAACAUCCUUGGGAUGAACACUAUCCAAGGAAGCAGGAGUGUGUUCAACAAUUUAAAUAUAUUUUCCAACGAGGAAGAGCAGAAUCAUGCUUACCUGGUUAACGAGAUUUACCGGCUGAAGGCCGAAGUGGAAGAAGAGAAACAAAAAGGGUGCCGGACAAAUGAAGAAGCAAAAAUUUUGAAGGAACAAAACGACGUCCUCAGUAAGAGCAUCAGUGAUAUGAAGAACGAAAUGGAAAAACUCCAAAAUAUUUACAACGAGGAAGUGGUAAAAAUAAAGGAGUCGUACGAGAGGCGCCUGCUAGUGUUUCAGGUCGAACUGGAGGAAAAGGAAAAUUACUGUAAGAAGCAAAAAGAGGCCCACCGAGAGGAAUUCGAGUCACAACUAGAGGAGUACAAGAGUAUGUACCAUAAUGAGAAAAGGAAAAGUCAAGACAGGGAGCGACUCAUCGAGGAGGCGACCGUCGAGCGGGAGAAGUUGGCAAAAGAGGCUACCAUCGAGCGAGAGAAAAUCAUCAACGAGGCCGCCAUGGAGCGAGAAAAAAUCACAAAAGAGGCGGCCAUGGAGCGGGACAAAAUCACCAAAGAGGCCGCCGUCCAAUUAGAAGAGCUCCAAAACCGUGUAGCCCAAAUGACCGAACGGGAAAAAGACCUAACCCAUUCCCUGAAUGAAGAAAAGGAAAAAAAUGAAAAAAUUAAAACGGAAGCAGAAAAAUACAAACAGCAAAUUCUCAGCUUGAAUGAAAUAAUUAACAAGAAAAAUGAAAAUAUUAAAAAUAUGGUUAAUGAUAUUCUUUUGGUGAAAAAUGUGUAUGACGAGCUAGCCAAGGAAAAGGAACUGAAUGAAUUAGCAAAGAAAAAAUUAGUGAAAAAAAUUGAAACGUACGAAAAUGAUUUACAUUACUUAAAAAAAAACAUGGAAGGAUACAGAGUGAACAAUGAUAAAUUGAGGAAGUGCAACCAGGAAAUGAAUGAACAUGUGAGGAAAAUGGAGUGUCAGAUACGUAGUCUCGAGAACGAAAAUGAAUUUUUAAAAAAAGAAAAUCUUCUUUUUAACAAAAAAUUCUUGAAUGUAAAAAAGGGGAAACAGAUAGGGCAGUUGGACUACUUGUCCGACUCGACGCAUGUCAAGGAUGAGGUUCCUAGUGCAGACAGUAGUGUGGAGGGGAACAAUUCCUUAGUGUCUCGCAGAGACGAGGUGCAGGAGAAGGAAGUCAUGUUAAUGGGACAAACGAACGAGAUAAGCAAAGUGAAUGAUGGAAGUGGUGAAAGCAGCACUGACGGAGAUAAGGGCGAGAAGAAGGGGGCAGCUAGCCAUGGUAGAAGUGGUAAUGACAGCGACACUGAUAGCGACGAUUACGGUGAGGACGUGGAAGGUGCCUCCUCCACCGGGGAGGAUCGACCCGUAGAAUCAACGUGCGCGCUGAGCGUGCUGACAACAGGUCGUGGAAAAGGGAAAGACGUCACGGAGCAUAAAAGGUCCAGCAUCAAUGGUACCACCCGAAGAGAUAUGGGAUCAAAUGAAGAAGAUGCAUUGAACGAAUCAAACUAUUCAGACGAAGCAGAAGAACCCCACCUUAGCACGCUAAGCCAAGCAGGCAACAAACCCAACUGUGCAUGCUCGUCCAAAAAGGAAGUGCACCUGUCCGAUGUGAGGCAAAGAAUAGGCAAUUUAGUAAACGCAAAAAAUCUGAAGGGAAAUAAUGCCAUUGGACCAAAUUAUGAAGAGGAUGAAAAUGCAGGGAGCUUCAAUCUCAUCACUAAUUUUUUGGAGAACGGUACAAAAGAUGCAAAGAAAAAAAAAAAAAAAAAAGAAAAAAAUAAGUGCGAUUAUAAUAAGACAAAAUUUUCUAAUACCACCAGUGUGGGGAACUCCAACAUGUUCAACAAAGAGCUAAGCAGCAACAGAUAUUUGUUCGACUUGAAUCUGUAUAGCUUAAAAAGGUAUAAUAUUUUCAGCUUCAGCAAUGGCCUAUUCCCCAAGGAGGAAGGAGCGCAUGACUUGACCAACUUGGUGCGCAAGAAAAGGAGCUGCCCCGCGCCCAUGAGCCAUUUGGACGGGGAGAAAAAUUUUGACGUACAGAAUGUACACAUGAGCGCAAACAACACUUGGCGCAGCCGAACGGAAGUAUUGCCUCGAGCGCUGAGGGAUUUCUCCUGGCGAAGAACCAAUGGAGGGGAAGAGGUAGACUCUGUUGAAGCUGCCACAGGGGCGAGGAUCCUGCAAGGAGAAGUCAACUGUAUAAAUCACACAAACGAUGACAUGGAAAAAAACAAAACAAUAAACUACUUCUUAGCAAACAUAAAAAAGGAAAAGAAAAAUUCCAACGAUAUUGUCAUGAAGAGGAGAGAGACUCGUCUGGAGAAGCUCCUCAGUAGACAAGAUUCCUCUAACAAAUCUCCUCAAAUGGGGAAAGAGAAAGUGGUGCGGAAGUUUCUAGGGGGGGAAGCACCCAUCGAGUAUGAAAAAAACGAUCGUCAUGCCAGUGGUAUGCACAGCGGCGAUGUGAGUACAGCUGAUGAGUUUGAACAGCGUAGGCAGCAUCACUUCAGGGGCGGUCAAAAAGACAUGCAGUCCUACCUCCUAAGCAAAUGCAAAGGAAAGAAGAACAACAUCUACGGCCUCUUUAUCAUCAACGAACGGCUAAAGAGCAUUUACAAAAACAUAGCAAAUAAGAGAAAGUCGAUAAGCAACUUUCCACUGAGUGUGCCAAAGAUUGAAAGUCAAAAACAGUUUAGUAGUUCCUUUAACAUCAUACAAGGAGGAAAGUUUCUUCCCGAGGGGGUAGAAAACGCACCAGUGAUGUUCCACCUUGGUUGUAAAAAAAAUGCACACGAAAUGGUGCCUAAUUUUGAGCAUAACACAGAGUCCAACGAAGUGCAUGUUGCUAUACAAAAUCGUCGCAUGAAGGGGGACGUUCCAUCCGGCGAUGAAACAAACAAAAUGAUUUUCACCCCGGAAUGUAGGUUAACAGAAGAGACGCGUAGUGGAGGCAGUUCCUUUGUCGUGUCUGGAGAAGACCACGUUCGAAUGGAUGAAGAACAAAUUAGAAAAAAUAUCCUUUUGGAAAAUUCAAAAAAUAUGAACAGGUCAGGGAAAAAAGGGGAACCCACAUACACACACGAGGACAAUGAUGAGGAGGGAAUAUUUUUUAAAAAAAAAAGUUACCUCCGAAAUGCUCCCUCCAUUUCGGUUAUGUUUGAUAAGAAUCAGCCACAAACAGGGGGAUACCUCUCGUCAAAUGAGUCCCAUUCGAGAGUAGCAACAAACUGGGGAGAGGCAGACGUGCUUGUAGUGGAUGGUGAAAAACCUCGUUCCAUGGAAUGGCAUCCGUUGUACCAGGAGGGCAUGGAAAAAUGCGUUUCGUUCGCAAAAGUGGGCAGGCAUCUGCUUCAGGAGGGAGAAGGCAAAGUUGGAAGCGGACGUCGGGGUGAAGGUCUUCCACUUCAACAACGUCUGACCCAUCACGAUGGACCAUUUCAUUACGAGAACGAACCAAGAGACAACGAAAUUGCCAACCACCUCAAAGUGAAUGAAGGCCCACCAAAAGGAAACCCUCGCCAAACAAACAAAUGGGAAGAACAGGAAGAAGCAGUCAACAACAAGUUCAACUUAAAUGAUGUAUUUAAUUCCAAUUUUAACAACUUUUUAUUGUCUUAUAAAAGUAAAAAAACAGAGUUCGCUGUAUCUCCCUCUUCUGUCCCUUCUUCGUCACCUUCCAGAAAUCGAAUUUUUGAAAUUUUAAAAAAAAAAAAUUCGCCAUAUGAUCACUCGCACGAAAGAAAUUGUACAGAAGGUGCAAGGGAAGACUCCUACUUUGAAAAUUAUUUAAAUGGUUUGAAGCAGCAGAGGGGUAGGGCUCGGGUGGGGAAAGACAACACAAGCGAUAUGUACGUUCGCCGUGUUGAUAGGCAGGACCAGCAGAACAGAUCCACAGAUAAACAUACACAAAGGGGAAGCAACAAAUGGGACUGCUUGGAUGAAACAGAAAAGUUCAUCAAACAGGAUUCUCCAAAAAAGAGUAAUGUUGUUGACGAUCAAAAUAUAUUUAUGCAAAACAAUGACCACUCGGGAAUCAUGUUCGAAGGUGGAAAUGAGUGUCGUGGGGACUCCAACAGAGGCAACAUUAAGAAAGAGAGCGAGCGGUUUCUAUUCAACAGCAACUCCAUAAUGAACACUGGGUCGAAUCUCAUUCAGGGGACGACGUAUGAAAAUGUUGUGAGGAGCCACAUUGAGAACGCGCACUUCAUCAAUUUGGUUAAAAAUAAAAGGCACAAGGAUAUCCUCUCUGGGGGGGGACAAAGCAACUCUGAUCUUCGUUUGACCAAUCAAGAGUAUAAUACAUCAAAUAGGAGCGAUGUAUUGAGCUGGAGGAAAUCGCCAUGA